AAUUAAUUUUUGAAGGCUAUGUCACUGUACCGUCCUUUGCUGUUGAAGUGAGAAGUGCGAUUAGAUGAUUAAAUUUAUAAUUAAAUAGGUAGAAAUAAGCCGUAAGGUUGAUAGACUUUAGAAAUGUUAACAAAAGUUGUGCCGUAUUCUUAAAAAAUAAAUGUUUACGUAUUUACAUGCGUGAUUUAAAAUAUUUUUUGUUUGAAAAGUAGCACUGUAGCAAAAGUAACAAAUCCAUAAUGCUUAAUGUAGCACUAAUAAUCAUUCCUAUUUUAAUUGUUGCUUUGUUUGUGAGAUACUAUUUUUGGCGAGGACGUCUAAAAAAUGUUAAUAACAAGCAUGUUGUUGUAACUGGUGGAUCCAGUGGUAUAGGAAAAUGUGUAGCAAUUCUUGCAGCCAAGCAUGGAGCCCAUGUAACAAUAAUUGCAAGAGAUACCCAAAAAUUGGAGGUAGCAAGAAAUGAAAUAAUACGUGCAUGUAAGAACAAAAAUGUUCAGAAAGUGGAAUACUUGUCCCUGGACAUUGGUGAAGAUUAUGAUGCGGUUGAGAAAGCUUUAAAUGAUUUGGAAAGAACCAUGGGUCCAAUAUACAUGUUAGUAAAUUGUGCUGGUACCGCAAUUUGUGGGAAAAUUGAAGACACCUCUGUGGCAGACUUAAAGAAAAUGAUCGACAUUAAUUUUCUGGGAUCAUAUUAUUGUACAAAAGCUGUUACUCCACGAAUGAAGGCUUCCCAAGAGGGAAUUAUUAUAUUAACAUCUUCUCAAGCUGCACUCUUAGGGAUAUUUGGAUAUUCUGCCUAUUGCAGCACGAAAUUUGCUCUUCGUGGUUUAGCAGAAAGUAUAUCCAUGGAACUUUCACCAUAUAAUAUUUCUGUGACCUUGUGCUUACCUCCUGACACUGAUACUCCUGGAUUUGCUAUAGAAGAAUUGUCCAAACCUCUGGAAACAAAACUCAUAUCUCAAACCGCUUCUUUAGUCAGUCCAGAAGUGGUUGCGGAUAAACUUUUUAAGGAUGCGUUGGCCGGAAAAUUCUUUUCUACGGUCGGUAUAGAAGGUUUCAUGUUAACCGUACUAUGUGCCGGAAUGUCGCCAUUUAAUUCCAUCAUGGAAUUACUUUCGCAAUCGAUGCUGGUUGGUUUAUUCCGGCUUGCAAGUGCCUGGUAUCUUGUAAAUUUUAAGAAAAUUAUUCAGAAUUGUAUGAAGAUGCGCGACAAGAACAAAAAAUCUGAAUAAAUGUCUCUAACAAAUUAAUAAAAAAUACAAAGUUUGUAUUAUGCGACAAGUACAUAACGUUUGUAACGUGUUCGAUAUUUGCGUAAUAAAUUUAACACUACAGUCA